GUUAUAAGCCGGUUGGAUCAGUACUCUGGUCAUUUAGAGGAUCUGGUAAAAGUCAUUUAGAGGAUCUGGUCAAAGUGCGCGUCAGCUAAUGGACGAGCAGAGUAAAGUGGACUCGUUACUGCGGGAAAUGUUGCCAGAGUCGGUAGUCAAUCAUUUACGCAACAAGCGCACUGUGACGGCGGAACACUUUGACUGUGUGACCUUGUUGUUCAGCGAUAUUCCCCAGUUUGGACCGAUUGUCGGUCAGUGUGCCCUGCUGCAGACUAUCGCUCUGCUGAAUAUCCUGUACACCGUCUUUGACUCCAUUCUGCCGCGAUUCGACGUCUACAAAGUAGAGACCAUCGGCGACUCAUAUCUAUUAGCCAGCGGCUUGCCAACACGUAACGGGAGUCGGCAUGCCGGUGAAAUAGCGCGGAUGACGCUGUCGAUGCUGCAAGCCUCGGAGAGCAUACAUUCGCCAAUCGAUCCGGCAGAACGCCUGCGACUGCGUGUUGGCAUACACUCUGGUCACUGUGCAGCCGGCGUUGUGGGGUUAAAAAUGCCGCGGUACUGCUUGUUCGGAGACACAAUUAAUACGGCUAGUCGAAUGGAAACGCAUGGUGCCGCUUCAAGAAUCCAUGUUAGCGGAACUACCAAGCACUUGUUGGACCAGAUUGGCGGUUUUAAAACAGAAACAAGGGGGACUAUUUUCAUCAAGGGAAAGGGAGAAAUGGUGACCUUUUGGCUAUUGCAUUAAUUACAUUUUCGUUCGUGCUGAUAGGGGAAAAGCAAAAGCAAGA